AUGGUCCAAACGAGAAGACGGUUGACUCGCGUCACUGCUGCGCCGGUCACCAAGACGUCAUCCGACACUCGCCUGAAGUCGACGUCCUCCAAACGUAAAAAAGCAGCGCCAGUAGAUCAAUCAGAUCAAUCAGAAAAUGUACUGGUGACGAAAAAACCGGCGCGGAAGAUGCGGAAGAAGACAAAUCAAGAACCGUCUACAGAAGACUUUCCAGUACGCGUCUCAAGCCCGUGGAAGAUCGGAGCACACGUCUCAGCUGCAGGGGGAGUCGAAAACGCUGUUCGCAAUGCAGCGAUGGUUGGCGCCAAUGCAUUUGCUCUAUUUGUUAAGUCCCAGAGAAAAUGGGAUUCCCCACCACUUUCGGCUGAGAAUAUUGAAGCGUUCAAGAGACGAAUGCAAGAGUUUGGAUAUUCAUCGAAACAUGUGCUUCCUCAUGGCAGUUAUUUAGUGAACUUGGGAAACCCGGACGAAGAGAAAAGGAAGAAGUCUUUCAACUGCUUUCUUGACGAUCUUCAGCGGUGCGAGGAGCUUGGCCUUGAGCUCUACAAUUUUCAUCCGGGCUCGACCGUCGGGCAGGUCACGAAGGAGGAGUCGAUAGCCCUGAUCGCUGAAUGUAUUAACAAUGCACACAACGUAACAAAGCACAUCACAAUUGUCAUCGAGAACAUGGCAGGUUCAGGAAAUGUUAUAGGCUCUCAGUUCUCAGAAUUGAAGGCGAUCAUUGAUGACGUCGAGGACAAGACGAGAGUAGGCGUGUGCCUUGAUACGUGUCACAUGUUUGCUGCGGUAAGGGCUUUGCGCGCUGAACUACAAAUAUUUAUCGUAUGUCAAGUUCAUCGGUUUUUGAUCAUAUGCCUCAACCACGCAGUGUCCGAGUUUGACUCCCAAGUUGGAUUGUCAUAUCUCAAGGGAUUGCAUUUGAAUGACUCCAAAGCCGCCCUCGGAUCGAGAAAAGAUCGACAUGAAAAUAUCGGACUCGGGCAGCUUGUCUCCGACUCACGGAUACAAGACCUUCCUCUCAUUCUCGAAACUCCGACCUUUGAAGCUACAGAAAUCUGGAUGAAGGAGAUAUCUGCCCUCAAUUGCCUCUCGAAGUUGGUCGACGACAGCGAGGUUUCGGAGGCGGAACUGUCCUUAGUCAACGAUAUCACAUCAUUGGUGCGAAGCCGCGCGACGAACAAGGUGGGUAAAGCAAGCAAGAGCAAGACUCGUGCACGCAAACGGGAUGUGGUGGAGGAGCAAGAGCAUGAUUCCGACUGCGAUUAG